GGGGUGGGGGAAGCAGAGAGUGGUCCCUGGGCUGCAGGGAGUGGUGCUGCUCCCAGCGUGGAUAUCUGUGCACAGGGGUGGGCGACUGAAUCCAAGGGCUUUCACUGCUGUCUCAAGCAGAACGAUAAUGGAAAGGUGGUGCGGCCUCUGGCCAAUGUGCUAAACUUCUGGCUUGCUCAAACGUUUGGGCUGGCUCUCCUUCAGAAGCAGACUCAAACUGGCAAGCUUCCUCAAAUGUUUGAGGGGUAGACAAGGAAGGUGAAGGUGGUGCUGAUGAAGUGGUGCAGCUGUUUCUGAAGUUCACCUUUCUGGUGAAGCAGUGAGUUUGUCUUAGCCUUGUCUGUGGCUCCCAGCGGGACACCAGCGUGGCUGAGGAAACUGAGUAAUGAAACGAGGGAGCAGGAAGCUUGUAAGGUACCAAGUGCAGUAAGGAGCUCGAUAAUCUGAUAGGGUUGAUGUUAAUUACAUAGAGUAACCUGUGGCUUAUUGCAUAGCAGGCGGGAUCAGCUCAGGGCCUCACGUUAAUCUGUGCAGCAGUGCAGGUGGGGGUGGCUGCUGGUGCUGGGUGGUUGUGCAUGCAUGAACUGCUUGGUGAUUUCUGAGACAUCUGCAAAGAAAAACACACAGUUUGGCAAAACUGAUACUUUCGUUGUAAACCUCUGCUUGUGAGUAUGUCCAUGCAAACAGCUCCGAGACCUGCUUUGGGCCUCCAAGUGAUGCUGCUGGAGCUGAGCAGCUCUGCUGGUCCAAUCUCAGGCUCCUUGGUGGGGCAGAAGGCACAGAAGUGGAGUUGUUGGAUGAAGCAGUGAUAAAGUUGGGCCGUCAGCACAGCAGCUUCAGCUGCAGAGGAAGGGAGUGAGCUGUUGUAGGAACGUCAGUGGAGCUGAUUACACCAAAAGCAGUCUUUAUCUCUGAGAUAAAAGGCAGCCCGGUGUUGGUGUUUCAUGUUCCAGAGCUCUAGUUUAGCUCUACAACAACCAUUGUCAUAAUAACCCCUCUGCAACUAGGGCUUGUUGGUUUUUUUAAUACUUGAAGAUUGGAGAGUGGCUUUGUUAAUAGUUUCCAUCCGCAGGAGAGGCAGCUUUGUGAGCUGCGUAGUUGGUGAAGGGAGGUAUUGCCUCCGGAGCAUCCCCUGCUGCUCCUGUCUCCCAGUGCUGGUGUUAGUGGCAGCAAUUGCUGCAGAACUCUUCACUUUAAUUAAGUAUAGAGAAACUCACCUGUUCACUUUUUAAGUACAUACAUCGUGUCUGAGAUCUGCCUGCUGUCGGCUCCCUGCUGGUUCUGAGUCACAUCUCCUGAGCUCUCAGCUCUGGGUGGCGGAUGUUCUUUCUGGCUGCGGUACACUGCGCUGGGAGGACAGGAUGGGACAGGCGGGAGUCCGAAAUGCAGCCAUGUCCUGCAGCUGCUCGGUGCGUCGGGUGGGCGGCACAAGGCUGGCGGCCUGGGGAUGGGCAGAUGGCUGCGGCUUCACAGCCCGUCCCGUGAGGUCUCUGUUGGGCACCGCUCACUGCAGCCCGACCCGCAGCCUCCCACGGGGGCAGCUGGGCACUGGCAGAGGCAGGUCGCUGCCGCUCGGGUUUGCCACCUCUGGGCCGUUCCUGUGCAGCAUUUCCUCUGUUCUCGCUUGUAGCGUUUCCAGUUCUUUGGGGUUUUGUCUGCUCUUGUUCAUCUGCCUCCUAUAAGGCAGAGCGUGUGCUGCAGGUUAUUUUUAGUAUGGAAAGUUUUAAGAGGCCGAGGCAGCCUUGCCCAGUUCUCUUUCACCCAGAUAGUAUUCAUUUCCCAACUGCAGGGCUUGCUGGGGAAGCCAUACUUCCAGUGGAGCCCCCACUCGCUCUGGUCAGGUGGUACUGAGCUCCGGCUGCGUCUCAUCCUGCUGGUGGGCGCGGGGUGGGCGCCUGGCUGUGGGGCAGUGCCCCCACGGCACCUUCCUGUGCUCCAGGGAUGGCCGCGCUCUCCUCUCGGGCCUUAGGAAUGAGCUGUCUGGCUUCCCUGCAAAGCUCGUCCUGCAAACAUUUCUAACCUUAUAAGGAUGCGUGCACUGAGGGAUUGCUUGGCCUGGCUGGAGAAGCAAGGUGGCUUAAAGCCACUCUGGGACUCUGUUGCAAACCAGUGGAAUGAACUGACUGUCCUCAGCUUCUUUUUUUUUUUUUUUUAAGGUAGGUGAGCACCGUGUGCCCAUCCUUGUCCUCAUCUCCCAGGUCCUCGCCAGGAGUUCUCCAUAAAUCAAGUCAGAAUGCGACCUGGAUUGCUGCCCGCUGCCUUCCCUGCUGUCCUAAUCCCUCCCGAGGGCAGUGCUCAACACGGAGCAGCUCCGUGCAGAGCUGUGAUGUUCAGAGCGGACUCCUGAGAUGCCAAUGGUGUGAGCUCUGCCCACUGUGAGGGCCGCAGGGCCGGGCCCCUCUGUUCUGGUAGUGCCCGGGGCCGUGUGACUUGACAAGCUGCCAUCUCGUGCCCUGCUGCUGGCGGGGGAGGCGACGGCGCUCAGCCCUGCGUGUGCAAAUGGUCCCAUUGCCCCCUGUGUGCCCCAGCGGUCAGACGAGCAGCGCGGAGAGGGCUCCGUCACUCCAGAACGUGUUGGGAAAUGGAUGUGGCUUUAGGAACACUUUCAGGGGGGUGGAGGAGGUGUACAUCCCAGCACUGCAGUCCGGCGGAGCAGCCUUUGGUCAGCCGUGUGCAGCCGGGGCCCUCCCUGGCGCUCCCCGGGGCAGUGGCAGCUGCCAGCCCAGCGCCCUCCUGGCUGCGGCAGAGCAUCGCUGGCAGCAGAGCGCAGCGCUUGCUGGGAUGGGUCCGAUGGCAAAGCAGAAAUGAAAUGGGUUUCCCAAGGAGCGCUCAGCCGAACUGCCAAUUCCCUCUGAUUUAAACAUCAUGGAAGAGCAAAGAUCUUUAUCUUAAGUGGUUGUACUGUUCAAAAUAACUCUUGGAAGUGUUCUGUCUGCCAGGCCGGGACAGGCCCAUCCCCCGUGGGGCAUCCUGCUGCUCCCUGCUGCACUGCGGGGCUGUGUGGGACUGUGGUCUGUGCGGUUGGCGCAGCUCCGUAGGGAUGGGUCAUAAUGGGACUGUCUUGUAUGGGGGAGCUUGCUGGGAAUGGGCUCCCGUGAGCUACUUUAAUUUGAGUUUGUGGUAUGAGACAGAUUGUGGGGUGGUUCUGCAUUAACUAUGGCAAACUUAAGUGGACAGCAGACGAGCAGCAGCAGUGGCUCUCAGUGUCCCAUUGUGUGCAAACCUUUUGUCUUAGCGGUGUGCAGGCUUUCCAACGGCCAAGUUCAAAAACAAACAGCGACAAAAAAAAAAACCUCCAAACCAAAUCCAAGUUACUGCACAAAACUGUGUUGUUUUUUCCCCUCAAUUCCAAAUCCGAAGCACACCAACGUGUUAUUCUCAGCCACGAGCUCUGCUGCCCGGCUGCGAGGUGACUGCUGCAGAACGGAUCGGAACUGCCCCACGCACGCGGCUUCCGCUCCCGCACAGAGCAGCGUAAAAGCCUCACUCCUGAGGAUUAAUUGCUGAGGCUUUGUAAAAUGGCUUUACGCUUUCGCACUUUCUUCCCGUACGCCAUACCUGGAGUGCUGGCACUUCUUGGCUGCUGGUGGAUCUAUUCCCAUAGAAAAAAGCAUCCAAGCAAUCGUAACAGACAAGCAAUAGCCAUUGCAGAAGGGAAGCAGAAAGAACUGCCAGAGAAUGACUCACCACCCAAAACUGAAGCAUGUGUUCCUCAAAGACUGCCUCUCUCCCCAGAAGAGGAACGCCCAGAGAAUGAAACCUCGGCCUCCCUGCUGCCAGCAGGGCCGAUGACGCCCUCUCCUACGCGUCGGACUCGCGAGAGGUUAGAUUUCUCACGGGACCUUUCAGCCCCAGCAAUAAGGACAACUCAGCCCAGCACCGUUGAGGACGACAGUGAAAAACUAGAAAUUAAAGGUUCUCAAGAUGAAAGCAGCGUCCCUGCUUGUGUUUCUCUCCCUCUGAUCUCAAAGAGCACUAAGUGUCGCAGUGGUGCUGCAGUCAGCCCUGAAGAGGAUUCAGGCUCUAGUACAAACCAAGCUAAGUGCCCGUCAGCAUCGGUGGUGCCGACACAAAGGUCUUUGGGAAUCACGGAGGAGAUCAGCAAUGCAGAGCAGUCAGAUGAGUCUUCACUUAAGCCCCCUAAGGAAAGCCAGAUGCCAGAAAUUGCGCUGUCGGAUACUGGCUGUAUGACAGCCCUUCACUUGGGAUUGGAGAAGGAAGCCGAUGCCCCACAAGCCCUUCUCACUAAUGAAGUUGUACUGAGUCACCAGGAUUCUGCAGUUAGGGUGUUAUCAGGCAGUUUGGAGUCUGCCUGUUUGGAGCAAUCUAGGGAAGAAAAGAUACCUGAGUCGAAUGACAGUACUGUACCUGUGUGUCAGGGAGAGGACACACAUGCAAAAGGAAAUGAAUUGGAGAGAGAGAGGAUCAGAGGAGUGAGCUUAGACAAGGAAGAAGUUGAGAAAAUCGAGCAAGUAGCAAUACAAAUAAUUUCCAAGGUCAUUUUGGCAGCAACUGAGGAAGUGCUGGCUGGUUCUGUAAGUGAUGUGUCCAGUCGGAUCUGCCAGGCUGCAGCCAGCCGAGUUGAGAGACCUCAGGAGAGAGCAAGCACUGCUUCUUCUGAUCAGCUGCUUGCGGCAGAAGCUGGAGGAGGGGAUAAGAACACAGCUCUUAAGAGCGAUGCUGCGGUACCAACAUCCCUGCCAACAGAGGAACGUGAUCAGUGUGUGACGUAUUCCAGCUGUUCGGCACUUGGCCACUUAUCCAGCCCGGUUCAGGGAGACACACAAGACCAUCAGGAAAAGAACUGUGUGCACAGUGAGUCCCAAGGAGUUGAUAGAACUCUUGUGGCAAGCCAUGGAGGAUCACUGGGAAAGUCACACUUGGUUAUGGAGGACUCUGGGUGCAGCACGUGUGCAUCUGAAGGUGGGACAAGUGUGGAGGACCCGUUGCAGAACACAUUGCUGUCUGUCGCAUCAGGCCAGCAUUCGGACUUACUGAGCACAUCUGCAACCCAAGACACUUCUGCUGAGCAGAGCUCAGAACCAAGUGAAAAACCUCCUACCCUGAAGCUACCUGAAGACAGCAAAGUGCCAUACAGUAAUGGGAUGCUGAAAGAAGACGGUUCAGAUUCGCGCCAUGAGGGUAACUGGGCGGCCGAGAUGGAUGGAGAUCACUCAGGAGGUUCGGAUGUAAAUAGCAUGGAUUCUGUGGACAGUGGCUGUGCCCUGGGGAAGACAGAGACCCACCAGAACUCUAAGCCAGGAGGAGAAUCCAGCAAGUCUGACCUCACUAUCUGGGAAAUCGAGGUUCCAAAGCAUUUAGUUGGCCGCUUGAUUGGCAAACAAGGGAGGUAUGUGAGCUUCCUGAAGCAAACGUCUGGUGCCAAAAUUUAUAUCUCAACACUACCUUAUUCCCAUGACUUCCAAAUCUGUCACAUUGAAGGUUCCCAGCAUCAUGUAGAAAAAGCACUGAGCCUUAUUGGCAAGAAGUUCAAAGAGCUGAGUCUCACCAACAUCUAUGCUCCACCUCCACCGUCGCUGACGCUUCAUUCCCUCCCUAUGACUUCCUGGUUGAUGCUCCCAGAUGGAGUCACUGUAGAAGUGGUUGUGGCUAACCAAGUCAAUGCAGGACACAUGUUUCUACAGCAGCAUACGCACCCCACUUUCCAUGUCCUGCGUAGCCUGGACCAGCAGAUGUAUGUCUGCUAUUCUCAACCUGGAAUUCCAACCCUGCCAACACCUGUGGAAGUUGGUAUUAUCUGUGCUGCUCCAGGCCUGGAGGGGGCGUGGUGGCGGGCACAAGUUGUUGGCUACUUCAAAGACAGUGGUGAAGUGGAGAUCAGAUAUGUUGACUAUGGAGGAUACGAGAGAGUGAAGAUUGACACACUCAGACAAAUCAGGUCUGAUUUUGUAACACUACCUUUCCAAGGAGCAGAAGUUUUACUAGACAACGUGGUGCCACUUCCAGAUGAGGAUCACUUUUCAUCAGAAGCUGACGCUGCUGUUAGUGAGAUGACCAGAGGGGCAGCACUGCUGGCGCAGGUCACGAAUUAUGACAAUGCAACAGGUCUGCCACUGAUACAGUUGUGGAGUAUGAUGGGAGAUGAGGUGGUGUCAAUAAACAGAACUCUGGUGGAAAGAGGAUUUGCUCAGUGGGUUGACAACUACUAGUGGUGUCCUGGAUGCCUCGACAACUUUUUCCUAAUGGGGAAAAAAAAAAAAAAUCCUGUUUUGCACUGUUACAAUUCGGUUUGGCAACCUCCCACAGAAGAUCUGUUUACACCUGCCUGCAGAGUUUUGUGGUCCAUUGAAAACUGUUUUGCUCAACUGUUACCAUUUCACUAGAAACACAUACCUCAUCUCAGUGAAAGGCAGGGUGUUAAAAGCCAUAAUGAGAGAUACUGUAGCUUUAAGGCAAAAAAAUCCUCCCUGGCCUCUAUUUAAAUGGCAAAAGCCUUUAAAAUCCUGGGGCUUGCUUGAAGCUACCAAAUGCCCCUGAAAUGUAAGCUGUGGCUACAUUUGUGUUGAAGAUGUGUGGUACCCCAUGGAGUUGGUGUCUGCUUUUCCUGGAAGUUACAGUGGUUGUCCUUUUUAUUUUUUAAACGGGCUCUGCCUGUGAAAUUAAUGAAUGUUAUUAAGGAAUUUAAUGUUCAGUUAUGGAUUUUUCUAUAUUGUGCCACUGACGUGCAUAAAUUGCAUUCAUCUUUUAUCUUCUUGAUGCCAGGAGGUUGAUGAGCUGCAUUUGUUGCACAUCCUGUGGCACGUCUCACUGCAAUCAUGCUUUUUAUGCUUGAUAUGCUUAAGGAAGAAAUGCUUGGAGUGCAGGAUCCAUUACCACUACAAUUUUGCUCUGAAAUAUCGUGUAUUUAAAGAAAAGAACCGAUUGCCAAGCCUAAUUGUAAUUUGUAUUUUUCUAGCUGUGCAAGUCUGUAAAUAUAUAUAAAAACAUUGUAAUAUUUUGUACAAGAAAAACACUGGAAACAAAGGGAACUUUACAGAAACUUUUUCACACCAAAAUGUCCUAUGUAGGUAGAACUGGUUUGGAGUGCAUUAGGAUAGCCAACGUAUUUGGAGCAUCUGGAGAUGGGAGUGUUUCUGCUGUACUGUAUACAGGAUUGGCAUUCCCUUAGGUUGCUGUCUGGUUUGAAUUGUGAUCACUGCAUUCUUUGCUAUGUUGCUGUACAGACCUGUUUAAAAAAAAAAAAGUAACGAUUUGGCAUUACUAUUGCAGUGGUGUUCUCUCUCACAGUUGGUUUUGGUUUUUUUUUUUUUUGCUCCUUUUUAGAUUUAUUUGUAUCACAAACUUAAAACAUUAUUUUUUGCCCAAGUAAUUUAAGCUGACUUAAUACUCUUAAGCACAUGCCCUCUAAUGUAUAUCACUUUAGAUAUGUAUUGAGUUGGGAUUUAUUGCUGGUGCAGAAGAUACUUGCCAGGCAAAUGAUGUAGUCAGGGCCUCCCAGGUUUUUUCAGGUGGGUUCAAAGGUGUCUUUGCAUCCACUGAGCUCAUGUGUCAGUACACUGCACAUUUGGAUAACUGCCUACAAAAGAAUUUGGUCCAGUCCCUUCUGAUGUGUUAUGAUUAUUAUAUCCUUUCUUGAAUUUUGUCCUAUUUGGCGCUUAUGAUUUAAUGUUCAUAUUUGCAAUAACUUCCAAUGGAAACUAAAUUUGGUAAUUCAGUUAAAUCUAUAAAACAUAUAUCCUUUUGGAAUGUUUCUUUCCAUUUCAAUUAAAGCUCAAAUUUUAAGCCGUCUUAAUCAAA